AUGGAUCCAAACUUCACCUUGCUUUCUCAACCAUCCCGGGCCUGCUCAUACCUGGCAGAACCUUGUACCAAAGAUGGAAGAAGCCCGUCCCCCAGAGAACAGGGCAGAGACUCCCCAUUUCCCUGGAGCCAGGUCCCCAGCUCCAGCCUCGCUGACCCUGACUGGUUUUGGGAUGAGCACAUCCAGGCAAAGAGGGCCAGAGUAGAGACCAUCGUCCGAGGCAUGUGCCUCUCCCCUAACCCUCCAGUGCCAGGCAAUGCCCCAGCCAGGGACAGCCCGUGCUGCCCAGAGCGGAAGAGGAAGCAGAACGUUCCCGUGCAGCAAGGCCCCUCGAAGCCAGGCCCUGCCGGGGACCGGGGAAGCAGGAAGGGGGGCCCUCGGGUGAGAGAACAGCUUCACCUGCUGAAGCAACAGCUAAAACACCUGCAGGAGCACAUCCUGCAGGCUGCUGAGCCCAAGGCUGCAGCUCAGGGCCUGGGAGGCUCAGAGACAGGGAAGGGUCCUCUGAGUGUGAAGCAGAGGAAUGGCUCUGGGUCUAGGGCCUGGGCUGUGGACAGUGCCCACCACGGUUCCAGCGGAGACCCCUCCAGGGUGGAGAAACACAGAGUGUCUGAGGUCAAACACCAGUCUGAGGAACCCAGGUUCCUUCCUUCUGGAGCACGGGCUUUGCUGGAGAUUCUGAAGAAAGAACUGACGGGGGCCAUAUCCCAGGCUGUGGACUCAGUAUUACAGAAGGUGCUAUUGGAUCCAUCAGGCCACCUGACUCACCUGGGCAGAAGCUUCCCGGGGCUGGUGCCAGACGGUAGAAGCGAGCCCUCGCCUCCUGAGGGAGGUGCCUGUAAAGAUCCACUUCCUCUGGCUGCCUUGCCCAGGAGGGCCCAGCCGCAGACAGGGGCUCCACUGGGAAACUUAUCUCUGGCCAAGCCUCUAGAUUCUCCCAGGUACCCUGUCUCUCCGAGAAUGAUCCCUAAACCCUAUCAGGGUCCCCCAGCAAACUGUCCCCUGACUGUGCCUGCCCACAUCCAGGAAGAUCAGAUUCUCAGCCAGCUACUGGGCCAUGGACCCAGUGGCCACUGGAGGGGCAAUCUUCCGCAGGACUCAUCUCCCGAGAGUCACCCCUCCUCAGAGGUGGCCCUGCGACCUUGGGGAGCUGCCAAACUGCGACCACUGGCUUUGAGCCAGCAACAGUGCCCCUGGCUCUUCACGUCCACCUGCUUGGAAAGACUGCCCCUCGUUCCCUCAGUGAAAAUGGAGCAAGGUGGCCUGCAGGCUGUCACGGACGCACUUCCUUUCUCUUCAGCCCAAAUCCAGGAGGGCCUCAACCCUGGUCACUUGAAGAAGGCCAAACUAAUGUUUUUCUUCACACGCUAUCCCAGUUCCAACCUCCUGAAGGCUUAUUUUCCUGAUGUUCAGUUCAACCGCUGCAUUACCUCCCAGAUGAUCAAGUGGUUCAGCAACUUUCGUGAGUUUUAUUAUAUCCAAAUGGAGAAAUUUGCCCGGCAAGCAAUUUCAGAUGGUGUCACAAAUCCCAAAAUGCUGGUGGUUCUCCGCAACUCGGAGCUUUUUCGAGCUCUCAAUAUGCACUAUAACAAGGGAAACGACUUUGAGGUCCCAGAUUGCUUCUUGGAAAUCGCCAGCUUGACAUUACAGGAGUUCUUCAGGGCUGUCUCCGCAGGCAAAGACUCAGAUCCUUCCUGGAAGAAACCCAUUUACAAAAUUAUUUCCAAACUGGACAGUGACAUCCCAGAGAUAUUCAAAUCUUCCAGCUAUCCCCAGGAGCUGUUUCGGAAUUAAGGUCCCACAAAGUGAGGAGCGACUGGCCUGGGUUUCCUGGGUUUAUCUUACAUGGCAGUCAGUACAGCUGUAGUCAUAUAAAAAGAGCAUAAGGAGAAACCCCUCAAAUAGGUACCAUUACCAUUUUUGAUCAUUUAUUUCCUUUUCCAGAAUUACCAGAGGUUUAACAUUAACUAUAAAAUAUUGUAAAAGGAACACAACAGUUUGGAACCAGAAGAAUCUCCACUCCACUGUUUCCAGGUAUCAUGACCCUGGGAACUUGCAGGUGUCUCUGCAUCUGUAAAAUGAGGUUGUAAGGAUAAAAAGACAUGUCCUAAAGUGCUCUGUGAAAUGUUUCUCACUACACAAAUGUUAUUUUUUUUUCUCCUUCAUCUUUCAGAUAAGGCUAUCUUAUUUAGGGUUUUUAUACAUUGCUGUUUUGAGUUACCUAUUUAUCAAGCUCCACUUAUUUGCAAGACACUUUCAAAUACAUUACCUUUAAGCUUUUUACCCUGAAACAUUUUUAAAACAACCAAACAGAAGUUUUAGAACUGUAAGAUACGUCGCCAAAGGCUAUGAGGCUAGGGCAUUUGGGUUGGUAGGGGCAGUCAGGAGUGUGGAGGAACCCAUGGCCUUCUGAUGCCAGGCUGCGUGUGGACCACCUCAUGCUGCCGCCCAUGCUCUCACACAGGCCACCAUCCCCGGUGAGCAUCCAGCACUGAUGCGGCACUAUCUUCUGACAACCCCUGCCUGGCACUUAGGAGUGCUUCAUCACCCGGAUGUCCACUGAUCGUUCCAGCAAAGCCGACACAAACUUCCUGCAGGACCUGAGUGUUGCUGUACAUUCACAUUUAUCUGCUGGAAGAGUUUAUCGGCUGAAUAACCCAAACAGUCUCUAGGUGACCAAUGCAAUUAAUGCCCCAACUUCCUAUGUGCAGAAGAAACUGAACUUCAGACCAUGAAAGCUAGAAGGGCCUUAGGGGCUCAUCUGGCCUACCCUACUUAAAAGAGGAAGGAGGAAACUGAAGCCCAGAUGGGAGGCUUUGCACAGACUAUGGAUGGCUUAAAUGGGACAAAUACAGCAUCACACAGAAAUGGAAAUUCUCCUGCUCUAUAAGGACAUUACAGCCCAUGGUCAAUCUUUCACAGAUAAAGGAAUUCAUGAAAUCAACAUUUCUUUCACCUACUGCUCCAACACAAAUUGUGACUUGCUCUGAGCAUAUAGGCAAGACAUCUGCAAAGCUGAGUAACUGUAUCUAGCUUCCCAGCUAGUCAGAAUCAAGUCUUUGAAAGCAUGCCAAAGGUGCGCAGGCCAGGAUAGGCGUCACACAGAGCUUGAGCUCUGUGUUCUGAUUAAGGGGUGUCUGUGACUUCAUUAGUUUACUUCUUUUCCCUCUGUGCAAAACAAGUUUCCACAUUUAACUACUCCACUUCCUUGACUUUUCAGGUCAGCUGGAUCAGAUAAGAUGAAAUCCCUAAAUUAUUGCUAGAUGUAUCAACAUAAAAAGGUAGGAAAGACGACUUUCUUUUGAAUUUUCUCUUACUCGGAGCAGCUAAGAGGAAAAACAAAACAAACAUACUCAGCCCAAACCAGUCUUUUUGGGUUGCUUUAAGGUUAUUUGUAAGUGUCCUUCAUCACAUCCAACUGCACUCAGAUGAUCUUUGCCCUGUUUUCUCCCACAAUGUUCUCUUUACAAAAAUGAAGGACUCCGCCAAACCUCAGUUUUAAAAGCAAGCAAGCACUGAGUAUCCUGAGCAAGGGCAAUCAGGCAUCUGUGUUUGGGGACAGAAGAACCUGCUGUCCAGAGUGACAUUACAUAGUUAUUUAAGACAUUCAUGGGAAACAAUUCCAAGUUCACAUGAUUGUCCAAUAUGAACAGCCACUUUCUGUCCCAAACCUGAAAUUCAUUAGUGUUUUAAACACUGAGCCAAGCCACCUCCAGGGCAGUGAACCUUGUCCCAGGGACCAAUUAGAUGAAAUGUACAAGCUCAAAUUGAAAACAUUUGGGUACUGCAGUCUUUCCAGGAAGUGUUCUCUAACCACUGAGCUAAACACACAAGAAUGCAUAAAUAUAUAUGCUCUGCCAACAGAUGAAUUCUAGUUUAUUAUAUUUUUCUGUUUCUACCAAGUAUGGUGGGAACGCAUUCGAGCAUAAGCUGAGAUGGUUAUUGUGUUCUUUUAGCAGUCAUAAUAUUGCCAAAGGUCUGCUUAUUCUUUCCAUCAAGGUGUAUGUGGAUACUAUUCUCUCCCAAAUUAGACAUGCUCAGUGUCUGGUCAAAUACUGCAUAAUUGUCCAAUCCUUCUUUGUUGGACAGUAGGGGCUGGACUGUGGUUUAAGAUGAUGGCACUACUGAGGACUUAAUGUCCAAUGAUCAAUUGAAAGCAGGCAGUUAAUUGGCAUUCCAUGCAGAAAAAAUGUUCAUUAGGACCCUUUAUUUCAAACAUGGUUGUAUAUAGUAUACACAGCUCCAGACUGGAUUCAUACGGUGAAAGGCGAAAGGCAUCUCCUAGGUAUAUAAGGGGUACCUGAGCCCUUUUCUUUCCAUCAGAGAAAGGGCAUACCUGGCAGCGAUAGCACAGCACUCUUUAAUAAAGUUCUGCAACCCAGACCCAGGGAGGUACACAGGUCCACUUUAAAAAAUUGUCUUUGUUUUCAAUGAUGUAAUAUAGAGUCCUCAGAAAAAAUAAUUUUAAAUAAGGCUUCCAUAACAUAAUUUUACAUGUGCCUUUAAGAAAAUAUUUCUUUUAAAAUCUUUAUAAAAUUUGCUGAAAUUUUGGUAACCAGUUUCCUGGAUGAAGUAUAUAUUCUAAAUGUUCAUAAUCUUUUUUUUUUUUUUUUAAGUGAAGUAUAGUUGAUGUUGUGUUAGUUUCUGGUGUACAGCAAAGUGUAAAUGUUCAUAAUCUUUGAUUCUAUCUUUUUUCUUUUAUAGUUUUGAACCUUUGCUCUGUAAAGCAGAUCAAACAUAGUUUGAUGAUGCAUGCAUUCAAAACAAAACAGAAAUUUUAAAAAUCCGUUGAUUUUUUACACAAACUCUAUUAGGUAAUUUGUAUUUCACAUAAUACAUGUGUAUUUGUAUUUCACACAAUGUAAGAUCAUUUUCUCAGGACUGAGAAAAUCAGAAAAGAUAAUGAGAUAAAGUGAUGAGGGGGAGAGCUAAAGUUACAGUUCUGUCAGGCUGAUGCUUGUGACAAUAUGGCAAAUACAAUACUUCUCAUUAAAGUAUAAACAUAUUCUUGGUCAGAUUUAAGUAUAUACAACACACACUGUAAAGACUGAGCUCUGGUUACAUAUUUGAGAGCAUUAAUAAUGCAUGCUCUAUCUCUGAGGUAGAUCAUGGUACCUACACUUAAAAAUGUGUACUAAGUGCUCACCCAUGGAAAAAGGUAAUUCAUGAAAAGGGUAUUUUUCAGGGGUCGACAAUUCCUAUAGACCAGAAGAAGCUUUUUCAGACUAUAUAAACCUAAAGAGUAUAACCAAGCGUCCAGGAGUUGAAUGCUCAAUCAUAUUCUUUUAGAAAACCAGAUGCUAGACCCCAAAGAAGGGAAUGUCUGAUGAAACGUUGAGGGCAGAUACAGACAACGAAAACAGUAUAGGAACACCCGCUCCAAACCCCACCAGUUUCACAUGUCCAUCUACUCACACUGAGCAGUCUGCCUUCUUUCACCAAGAGUCUUUCGGGGUUAUUUGUUUCUAACAAUCUUAUGCUUCACACUGACAAACUUUUGUUUUGCCAUUUCCGAAUUCUCCAGCAUCACCCCUCAAACAAACGUCAGGUCCUAGAGUCUUCCCUUAGAAAACCCUUUUUCUCCCCACAUUUACUGAUUUCUGUGGCUCAGACUCCUAUCUCCUUGACAACUGCUUCUCCUUAACUAAGUCUGAAAAGUAAGCAAGCACUGAGUACCUCAGGCA